AUGGCCGAUGCUCUCCGGCACGCAGAAGAACGCGAGCUGGAGGAGGUGGCACGAUUUACGUUUAGCCACCGGCGGGCUCCGGACACCCAGUUUGACUCCCCGCUGGUGAAUAGCGCCAUUCGUCUGCACCUUGCGGUCGUCGCAGACCGUGCUCUGCUGGACUCGCUGCAGCCCGCUCUUUUUGCAGAGAACCGUCCUCUAACACUAGAAUACCAUGUUCUGAGACUUUUGGGCGGCCACACCGACGACAGUGUCUACGAAGCCGCGCUGGAACUUCUAGAACAACUCACCGAACAAGAAACACGCCUGUUCCCCACCGCUCUCAUCGUUUGCAACUUCAAAUACCUCUACGGAACGUAUCUGGCGGGACUCAAUAAAAAUGCUGCCGCGUUGCCGUAUUUACUGGAUACCUACUUGAGCUCACAGCUGGACUUUCUCGCUGGUCCAAAGCCAGACUUUGAGCGCAACUUUCAGCUCGUCGUGCAAUCUUUGCUGCUUAUACCUUACGGCUACGCAAAGCUGGACGCCCUGCGACAAAUCGUGAGUCGCCUGGACAACCAGCCGUUUGCCAUCGACGAAAACACACGCACUCUUCUCGCCAACAUGAAAAACGAGCAUAUCUUCCCCAUAGACCGCCAUAUCGUCUCUCGGCUCGUGCCGUGUCACCGUCUGGACGAUGCGGUCCUGCUCCUCGUCCAGUUCAUCAUCAUAGCGACCUCGAAAACGUUCACCACGAUCAAAAUCUCCACGCUCGUCCGCAUCCUGGGCCUCCAAGUGUCCGACUCCGAAAUGCUGGACCUGGUGCUCGCACUCAUUUCUGAGCGCAAGCUGGACGCGACUGUCGACGAAGUCGACAUGACGGUGCACUUUGCCCGCACCAGACAGCACGAACAAAAGCUCUUCUCCACGCUACAGCUACUCGAUAAACUAUCCUGA